AUGGGAAGUAAAGAGCGAGCAAAGGAAAGAAGAGAGAAAAGACUCCAAGAAAUUUCUCUUCUCCGUACCAUUCCUUACUCUGAUCAUCAAAGGUGGUGGUCAUCAGAAACUGUUGCUGUGGUGACUGGUGGAAACAGAGGAAUAGGAUUUGAGAUUGCAAGACAGCUUGCAGACCAUGGGUUGACAGUUAUCCUGACAUCAAGAGAAAGUAGCGCUGGCCUUGAGGCUGCCAAUGUCUUGCAAGAGUUGGGUUUGAGCGUGGACUUCCAUCAACUUGAUGUCUUGGAUUCUUUAUCCAUUAAAAAGUUUGCUGAAUGGAUACAACAAACUUAUGGAGGAAUAGAUGUGUUGGUGAAUAAUGCUGGUGUUAACUACAAUCUUGGAUCUGAGAAUUCUGUUGAAUUUGCUCAGAAUGUUAUUGCUACCAACUAUUAUGGUACUAAAAAUGUCACUCAUGCUAUGAUUCCCUUGAUGAGACCUUCUGCUGUAGGUGCUCGUAUUGUUAACGUAAGUUCACGGCUUGGAAGACUAAAUGGCAGACGAAACAGAAUUGAAAACGAAAAUUUGAGAGAACAACUGGGUAACCUGGAAACACUGUCAGAGGAACUCAUUGAUAGAACAAUGUCUACUUUCCUACAACAAGUAGAAGAGGGCACUUAUACUUCAGGUGGGUGGCCUCAGUCGUUCACUGAUUACUCUGUGUCAAAACUUGCAGUUAAUGCUUUUACUAGGCUAAUGGCAAAGAAACUGUCUGAUCGGCCUGAUGGUGAGAAGAUUUAUGUAAACUGCUACUGCCCGGGGUGGGUGAAGACAGCCAUGACAGGUUGGGCUGGUAAUGUAUCAGCUGAGGAUGGAGCUGACACUGGAGUAUGGCUGGCCCUGCUUCCAGACCAAGCAAUAACAGGAAAAUUUUUUGCAGAGAGACGUGAGAUAAAUUUCUGA